GCUGGGCAUAAAGUUGAACGAAGCGGUCCGCUUAUAGUAUCAGUCGGAGAGCGAUAAAGGUCCAACGGAUGUCCGAUACCGAUGAAGAUUCCAGUCAUUAAUUAUUCAAAGCACCCCUACAUCAGCCAUGUCUACCACGAAGGCAGAGCAAUCUCUCGUCGUCCUUGGAGCAGGCGUCCUUGGGCUAACGAUUGCAUACCUCGCUGCCUUUGCCGAGGAUGUCUCAUUUAAUAUCAAAGUCAUCGCUAGAGAACUGCCCGGCGAAGACAUGGAUUCUCAAGCUUGGGCUAGCCCAUACGCCGGUGCUAAUUGGUCCCCCAUGGAACUCGGAGGCAGGGAUGAACGAAUCAGGAUGUGGGAGCAGAAAACUUUUGAUAAGUUAUGGGACAUGAUCCCAACCGGGUUGGUUAAGCUAUUACCCACGAGGCUUUAUACUGCACAAGAGGGAAACAUAUCAGACUUGUGGUGGAAAGACCUCGUGCGAAAUAUUAGGAUGCUUUCCCCCUCUGACGUCCCUGAGUCGUUCAAAGCUGGAGUCGCAUUCGACACUUUUUCAGUCAAUCCAGCUGAAUAUCUUCCGUGGCUCCGAUCCGAGUUAAUCUCCCGCGGAGUUACCUUUGAACGCAGAAAUGUGAGGAGUCUGGACGAGUUGAGGAGCCUGGUGGGGCCUGAUGGUAUUCUGGUGAACGCGUCUUCGCUUGGUUCUAGAUCCAUUAUCGGAGUGGAAGACACAAAAUUGUACCCCAUUCGCGGACAAACGAUCCUAGUACAUGCGCCAGGUCUGCAGGAGUGUUUGAUCGCUAAUAGAGAGACCGAGGAAGCUACAUACAUCAUUCCCCGCCCUGGAAAAGGUCAACCUGACACUGCGAUUCUCGGUGGGACAUUCCAGCCCAGGAAUUGGGACACCUCUUUGGAUAUGCAGAUCGCGAGAGGAAUAUUUGAUCGCUGCGCGGCAUUGGCUCCUUGUUUGAAGAGUGCCGAGUUCAGAAUCCUGAAACAUAACGUUGGUUUAAGGCCUGGAAGAGAAGAAGGACCGCGGGUCGAGCUAGAGCGAAUCGUGCUGCCCUUGGAGCGCACGCAUGGCCUUGUUCCGUGGAACGAGAGUCCCGCAAAUGACCGUGACCAUGAAGAAUCCAUGCUUGUUGUACAUGCUUAUGGUUUUGGACCGGCAGGUUACCAGAGAUCUUGGGGUGCGGCAGAAGAGGUACUGGAGUUGAUCAAGGUCCAAGUUGCUUUGAAACGAACUUGAGACGAUACCUAAAUUACCACUGCCUUGAUAGCGGGUCUUGUAGUACCAAAUUUUCGCGCCCC